GAUAUUGGUAAUGUCAGGUCUACCGUUGGAAGGUUUCUCUCGCUGCGAUGGCGAUGACGAGAAGGAAAACGAACGAGACGACGACUUCGUGUGUUCGGGAUGCAACAAAGAGUACCACAAGCCUUAUCUACUGCGCUGCUGUCACUCUAUUUGCACGUCGUGCCUCGAACUUUGUCAACACGACCGCAUUAUCACCUGUCCUGUCUGCAGACGGCGUUGUCCUGUGGAGGGAGAGGAUGGCGCUGUGGAGGACAAGCUGUUGGUGUAUCUGAUGGAGAACAGACGACAAGAAGGUGUGGAGUGUGCCAACUGUGAGAAGAACACGCCAAACAUGCUGUUUUGCGAGACCUGCUUGCAACCGUUGUGUCAAUCAUGUAAAGCUGCUGUUCACUCAACCAAGAUGUUUGCCACUCACGUCGUUGUCCCGAUCAGCAAUGUUUUGAGAAACAAGCAACACAUGUGUGACGUUCACAAUGAGCCUCGUGUUAUGUUCUCAUCAGUUCACAGUCGGUUGUUAUGCAUCAAGUGUUUCAAUGCAUUAGAGAAUUCCGAUCGUUACCAAUGUGUGGACAUUGAGACAGCAUAUCAUUCCAGCUGCGAUCUCUUAUCUCAAUCAUACAAAUCAUUACAGCAGUUGUUGCAAUCAUUUAGAGAAGCAACAACAAGCAUUACCAAAAUGAUCAAGGAACUACACACAAACGCAGAGAAAGAAAAAGAAGAAAUAGAAACUCUAUACCAGUCAUUGAUGGAAACUUUGGAGCAAGAGAAGUUGGCUCUACUUGAGACGGUGGAGAAAGUGAAAGAGAGUAAGGAGGCGGCAUUUAAUGAACAGGUGGAGACGCUUAGAGAGACAGUCCCACAGAUCGAGAGUCACAUCUCUACGUGUCAAGACUUCACAGAAACUGCCAGCAAAUACGAACUACUCCAUCUCUGCCAAGAUGUCAGAGUGCAUCUCAAGUGGCUACAGCAUCAGCCCUACCAGCUAGCACCAGUUGACGAUUGCCAACUGGACACAAACAUGAAAGAGGAGUUUGCGAGGUGUCUUCAACCAUUGCUCAUGGACAAUUGCACGGGCGUGUCUCCGCUGCUGGUAAUGCCUCGUGUUGACUUCUUUGUCUCACAGAUUCUCUCAACGGCGGAUGGUAGAGGCAGGAACUCUCCGGCUGGUUUUACGUCGUGUACGUCUCCUGUUAAUGGGCACGGAAGUCAAGGUAGACGUGUGAGUUGGAAUGUGGGGACGGCAGCCAUACAAGGAGACGGCCCGUUUGUUGAGCAUUGCAGGAAUUUUAAUCCCAUUCUGAAGAGUUUACAGCAACACAUGAACCAAAUGAAAGAAAAGGUACAAGAUCUUCACCAAGACUUAACUCGUCGCCGUUGCCAACCCAGACGACUGCAACUGUCUGAGGUCCAGUGUGAAUGCAAGACACUCGAGACAACACUGAGUCUCCACUGCACGACAUUAGAACAACUACGAAGUCCAUGCGAAAAGGGAUGGUCGAGUGCACUCUCACGUGUUGCACUAGAACAAGAUAUUUACCAAGCGCAAGUGUGUGAGGUUCACAAGCUGCAGCAGGAGAAUCUGCGUCUUGCAACGAUUGUUGACUCGAUACAACCGUUCUUUAAGUCGUUAACGGCUGUUGCAGAGAGAAAUGACUCACACCUCAAACAGGCAGCACAAGAUCGAAGUCAGGAGGACCAGAUGACAUCCCUACUUGGUCAAAUAACCGACAUCCACCCAAACUCCAAACAACGAAUUGAUGCCAUCGAGAGCAUCAAGAGACCGGGAACGAAGGGAAACAGUGCACUAGAAGACACGCUUGUGAAGACACGAGGACUAUUGAAAGCACGAAAAGCUAAGCCAGACGAGCCAAGCUGAUAGUCAGUCAACACAACAAACAUUAAUAAAGAAAAUACGACUACAAAAUGCAUUGAGCUAGUCAGCUGGCUAGGCAGUACAGUUUAUGAAUGAAUGAUGAACUGAUUAAUUAACAGUAAUGUUACUGUUUGU